CGCCCCGUCCCCGGUGUCGUCACUUCCGGUGGGGAGCCGGCGGAAGUGUACGAGUCGGCUGAGGAGAAACACUGCUGAGGUGUCACUAGCGGAGCUUCCCACCCUUGCUGAUCUGGUCCCGGAAACUCGGAGGCAGUUACCAGAGAGAGGCGGACGAUGGUCAUGAGGCGGUUGUCCGGCCUGGCGGGGUCUGGAGGCUGACCUGUCCCACCGCCUGCUCCCGGGCCUUCUGCAGGCGGCGCCGGCCCUCAGGAUGACUCCAGCCACUGCCUCCAACUGGGGGCUGGUCACGAACGUCGUGAACAGCAUAGUGGGGGUCAGCGUGCUCACCAUGCCCUUCUGCUUCAAACAGUGUGGCAUCGUCCUGGGGGCCCUGCUGUUGGUCUUCUGCUCUUGGAUGACACACCAGUCAUGCAUGUUCCUGGUAAAGUCCGCCAGCCUGAGCAAAAGGAGGACCUACGCCAGCCUGGCAUUCCACGCCUAUGGAAAAGCCGGGAAGAUGCUGGUGGAGACCAGCAUGAUUGGGCUGAUGCUGGGAACCUGCAUUGCCUUCUAUGUUGUGAUUGGUGACCUGGGCUCCAACUUCUUUGCUCGGCUCUUUGGGUUUCAGGUAAGCGGCACCUUCCGUGUGUUCCUGCUCUUCGCGGUGUCCCUGUGCAUUGUGCUCCCGCUCAGUCUGCAGAGGAACAUGAUGGCCUCCAUCCAGUCCUUCAGCGCCAUGGCUCUCAUCUUCUACACCAUCUUCAUGUUUGUGAUUGUUCUGUCCUCCCUCAAGCAUGGCCUCUUCAGUGGGCAGUGGCUGCAGCGGGUCAGCUACGUGCGCUGGGAGGGCGUCUUCCGCUGCAUUCCCAUCUUCAGCAUGUCUUUCGCCUGCCAGUCCCAGGUCCUGCCUACCUACGACAGUCUAGACGAGCCGUCUGUGAAGACCAUGAGUUCCAUAUUUGCUUCCUCCCUUAAUGUGGUUACCACCUUCUACGUCACGGUGGGGUUUUGUGGUUAUGUCAGCUUCGCCGAGGCCACAGCGGGCAAUGUGUUGAUGCAUUUCCCCUCCAACCUGGUGACGGAGAUGAUCCGCGUGGGCUUCAUGAUGUCGGUGGCCGUGGGCUUCCCCAUGAUGAUCCUGCCCUGUAGGCAGGCCCUGAACACACUGCUUUUCGAGCAGCAGCAAAAAGAUGGAACCUUCGCUGCUGGAGGCUACAUGCCCCCUCUCCGGUUUAAAGCACUGACCCUCUCGGUUGUGUUCGGAACCAUGGUCGGUGGCAUCAUGAUCCCCAAUGUGGAGACCAUCCUGGGCUUCACGGGGGCGACAGUGGGGAGCUUCAUCUGCUUCAUCUGCCCAGCUCUAAUCUACAAGAAGGCCCAAAAGAACGCCUUCUCUGCUCAGGUGGUGCUCUGGGUUGGCCUGGGUGUGCUUGUGGUCAGCACACUCACCACCCUGUCUGCGAGAGAGGAGGCCCCUGUGGACCUGGUGAUGGAGGCUCCCAGUGGCCGGCGAGGGGAGGCCGAGGGCGCUGUGAAAGCGGAGAUGGCCCAGCUCGCAGCCCAGGACCCUGUGGCGGAUGUGGCCAAGGAUGGCCGGGAGAAGCCAAAGCUGCCGGAGGAGAAGGAAGAGCUGGAGCGCGCUCAGAUUAAAGGCCCCGUAGAGCUGCCUGCUGGGGAGGAGGCCGCUGAAAAGCAGGAGGCUGCUCAGCUAGACCGCCCUGGGCAAGGUAUCGCAGUGCCGAUGGGGGAGGCCCACCGCCACGAGCCUCCUGUUCCUCACGACAAGGUGGUGGUAGACGAAGGUCAAGACCGAGAAGGCCCAGAGGAGAACAAGCUGCCUUCCAGACACGAGGGUGGAGGGGCUCCUGGGGGCAAAGGGCUGGUGCCACCUCCACCCAAAUCGGGGAGCGAGGAGGAGCUGGAGAGGGCAGAGGCUGGGAAGAGCCCUGAGCAGGUCCAGGCCUUAGGGGAUGUGGGGGGUCUCCCUAAAGACCCCCAGAAGAUCCUAGAGGGAAAUGGCCAGCCUGCUGUCCAGCUGAAGGAGGACCCUGGCCCAGGCAGCAGAGACCUGCACCUCCCAGCAGAGAAUAACGCCAGGGCAGCAGGUGGAGGGCAGGAGGCUGUGCGUGACACUGCGGGGGACACAGGGGACGUCGUGGAGAGCGACCCUGGUGGGAAGGUGCCCCUCCUGGCGCAGAAGCCGGCUGCCGGGGCCGGGCUGCAGCCGGAGCCUCGAGAGCAGCGAGAUGCGGAGCGGGCAGCAGAGCGGCCAGGCGGAGACCAGACGGGCAGCAAGCUGGAGGCUGAAAUUAAAAAGAUAGUAGCAGCAGAAGCUGGCCGGGCUGAGAUGCUGGACCACGCUGUCCUGCUGCAGGUGAUCAAAGAGCAGCAGGUGCAGCAGAAGCGGCUGCUGGACCAGCAGGAGAAGCUGUUAGCUGUCAUUGAGGAGCAGCACAAGGAGAUCCACCAGCAGCGGCAGGAGGAUGAGGAGGACAAGGCCAGGCAAGGGGACAUCCAGCCAGAGCCCGGGGUGGCUGUGCCCAGAGCUCAGGAGAAGGAGACUCAAGAUGGGCCUGCUGGGGAGAUGGUGGAGAAUGCCCUUCUGCAGCCUGUGGGGCCUGUGCCCAGAGCUCCCGGGGACCAGCCCGCUCUGCCCCAAGAGCUGGGCCAGCACUCCCCAGAGGAGCCCAGGCAGCCUGUGGAAAGAGACCCGGCCACUCCUCCUGCUGGCAUCUCUGACACAGAGCCCCGGGCAGCCCAGGCCAAGCCGAGCAAAGACCGGAAGGGCGCUGUGCCUGAGGUAGCCAGGGCUAUGAAGCCAGUGCCCAAGCCUGACCCCACAGGGGCCCCUGGGAGCCCCAAGAAGCACCUUGCUGAAGAGGAUCCCAGGGAGAGCCAGGAGGUUUUUGGCAGAGCUUCCCAGGAAAGGAAGCAAACUGGAAAGAAAGCGGCAGUGGCCCCUGGAGCUGGUGCUCUGAACGAGGCUGCCAGGCAUGUGGGAGGGGCAGGCAUGGAGGCUGGGGACACCCUCGUGAGAGCCAGGCAGGCAGACUCAGGACCUGCCAUGGGCCUGUCAGGCCGGCUGGCAAUCAUGGCUCCACAGCCCCAGGCUGGACUGGGUCAGCCUGAGCCCCGGGCCAUCUCUGAUGGGGGUCAGGAGUCCCCUGGAGGGAACCACGCACCCACCCCUUACCAGCAGCCGAGAGCUGGGCAGGAUGCUGCUGGCCAGGAGCCCAGGCAGAGGUCAGGCCCUGAGCCUGGGCCCAGACUCACUGUCCCUGAGGCUCAGAGGCCGGACGACGCCAAGCCCAACCGAGACCUGAAACUGCAAGCUGGUUCUGACCUUCGGCGGCGGCGGCGGGAUCUCGCCCCUCCUGCAGAGGGGGAGCUGGCCCCAAAGGACGGGGUCAUCAUCAGCUUUAACCCCCUCCCAGACAUCCCGGCCAAUGACCUGCGCAGUGCCCUGGAUGCCCAGCUCCGCCAAGCCGCUGGCAGCGCACUGCAGGUGGUCCACAGCCGGCAGAUCCGGCAGCUGCCCGGGGCCCCCGAGGAGGCCUGAGUGCCUGGGAGCAGCCGGCUGGCCCCCAAAGCUGUCCGACACCCUCACCAAGUGCCGUGGUGUCUGAAGGGCUCACCUGCUGGGUGUCACCACUGCUCUGAGGGCCACUCAUCUGCACCUGCCGCACUCAUGUCACCCUCAAGCAGCUCUCAGUGGGGUCGCACUGAGGUCCUGACUCCUACCUGAGGAGAGCUGUGUCCUGCCUGCGGCACCUUGACAUCGCCAGGGUUGGGCUCUGAGAACCUCCACUCCCCAGAACAGUCCUGACUGCCAGUGUCCUGGGCACUGUGCUCCUCCUUUGGGCCUCAAACCCACCUCAGACUUCUGUCCCCCGCACACUCUGGGGUCUGCUCUUUGAAAUCAGAUUAUUGAGAUAAAAAUAAAUAAAAA